AUGGCCGCUGCGACCAUUCGGGCAUGGGUUCUUUGGGGGCUGGCCUGGGCGAGGCUUGUUUGGCGAGAGCGUGGCGAGAGCGUGGCGAGCAAGUGGACGUCGUCUGCGUGCUUCCGGACAGCUUCCCGGGGUGGAUUCGAGCGUGCGAGCUGCGAGGAUCGAGCGGAUCGGGCGGGGCGGCUCGGCGCGGGGCGCGGUGAGGAGGUGGAGGAGGAGAAGGAGAUUACAGAAGCGCAUGCUGCCGGCCAAGAGAAGGGCCGGAGACGAGCACCGGUAACUACUCUACUUAGUGUAGCGAAUACAUCGCAUGGCGGAGUGAGGAACGCGGACGCCACGGACGGGACGUCUCUGUGCGUCUCGCACCACCCCAGCCAGCCAGCCAGCCAGCCAGCCAGCCGUAGCCAGAUGGGUGCCUCCAUCCGCACUUCCCCCAACUCUAUCCGCAUCCGCACCAUCCGCACCAUCUCCACGGGUGCAGAACUGCAGAACUGA